AUGGGCAUAAUGGAGAAACUAGGGGUGACAGACCCCUUGGCAAAGCUUCCCCACAAGCCGCAGUCUUACAACGACAAAUAUGUCGUCGUCUACGACUUCAGUGAAGUCGAUUCUGAGACCUCCGUCAAGGAGCUCACUACACUCCUUAACGAACUCGAGUCUGCUGGUCUCCAGACGGAAGUGAGGGCCGGCUAUGACCAGACCCUUCUUAUCUUCGUGAAGGCUCCUCGGGAGCUUCUAGGAAACACCGUCUACAAGUCGAGAGUAAAGGACUGGCUCUAUGGCAUCGUCCCCGAACAUCCCGGCGGCACCAAGACCACCGUCGUCGACGGCGCCUUUGAGGCAGAGGACAUUCUUUCAGUCUACCACCUCGUCAACUGGCCCAAGUCUCUCGGUGGUGCUGGAAUCACGCCCGAGACGGGCCAGUGGAAGAAUGUCAAGGCCAUUUUCCCCCUGCACAAUGAGGAGACGAACCAAUCCCUCAUGAAGCAUCUCAGCAAGCGGCUGUUCCUGACGCCCGACGAUAUCGAUUCCAUUCGCGACCUCUGGGGAACCAAAGUCGCUUUCUACUUUGCCUUCAUUCAGACCUAUCUUCUCUUCCUCACCUUCCCCGCAAUCACUGGUGUCAUUGCCUGGAUGUACUUCUCAAAGUACUCCCUCACCUACGCUAUCGCGACAUGUGUCUGGUGUACCGUCUUCCUGGAAUACUGGAAGAUCCAGGAAGUUGAUCUCAGUAUCCGGUGGAACGUGCAGGGAAUCGGCAAGGUCAAAGUCAACAGGCCGCAGUUCAAGUACGACAAGAUUAUCAAGGACGAGGCUGGCCAGGAGAAGCAUUAUUUCCCCAAGUGGAAGACGGUCUCCCGCCAACUGCUCCAAAUCCCCUUUGUCUUGCUUUCCGCUCUGGCGCUGGGUGCCAUCAUCGUCCUUGUCUUUGCCAUUGAGGUGCUUAUUUCAGAAGGCUACGACGGCCCCUACAAGAACUUGAUUGAAUACGUUCCGACCUGCUUGCUCGCUAUCGCGUUGCCCUACAUCAGCAGCGGCCUCGAAGAAGUCGCCACGAUGCUCACAAACUACGAAAACCACCGAACGGCCGAUUACCACGAAAUGUCUCUGACGCAAAAGAUCUUCGUCCUCAACAUCAUCACAAACUACCUACCGAUUCUCAUCACGGCCUUCAUUUACGUUCCCUUUGGCGACACCUUUGUCCCCUGGCUCGAGGGCAUGACGAAGGGAUUCCUCGGCGCCAUUGGCCAAAAGUACAUGGACGACGACCUUAGCUUCCACGUUGACGCUGACAGACUUCGUGACGAGGUCAUCGCGCUCGUCGUCACAGGACAGAUUUCCGGAUUCUUCGACGAGAACAUCAUGCCGGUCCUCAAGCACAAGGCGCAAGGGAUCUACCGCGAGUACAAGCGCUCGCACUCAAAGGACACGAUGCUCAUGUCCAUCGUCAAGGAUGCCCCCGAGGAAGCUAGAUUCCUCCGCAGCGCACGCAACCAGGCCACCCUGGAAAAGUACAACGUCCAGGACGACAUUGCCGAGAUCGUCCUCCAGUUCGGCUACCUCGCCCUCUUCUCCCCCGUAUGGCCCCUCAUCCCCAUCGGGUUCCUCAUCAACAACAUCGUCGAGCUACGCACCGACUUCCUCAAGAUCUGCAUGGAACAUCGCCGCCCGCCCCCGGUGCGCACCGAUGGCAUCGGCCCGUGGAUCAACUCUCUCGACUUCCUCACCUGGGCCGGCAGUCUCUCGACCGGCGCCAUCGUGCACCUGUUCGGCGCAAACAGCAUCGGCGGUGGAGCGUGGUGGGCGCUCCCCAUCACCAUCUUCAUCAGCGAGCACGUGUUCCUCGGCUUGCGCUCGGUCGUCCGCUUCUGUCUAGAGAGCAUCGGGUCGGAGCAAAUUCGCAAGCAGAGGCACCAGCGAUACGCGACGCGUGUGAAGCACCUCGAAGAGAUGGAGGCCAACAAGCAGGCUGGGCUUAUGCUCUCAGUCGCCGAGCGCGAGCGUCGCAAGUCAAUCCGGGCGAUGGGGCAGGAGUCCUUCUGGACGACACAGAUUGACGACGGCGCGAGUGCCGCUGUGGGUAUUGGUUUGAUCCAAUCGGUCAAGAGGGCUGAAGUGUUGAAAGCCGGGCAACCGAAGAUUGACUAG